AUGGUGAGAAAGGAAGUCUACCUCUACGGCAUUGCGCCGUGCACCGCCGGCUUAGCCUUUGGAUAUGACACCGGUUCAAUGAGCGGCAUCCUCGCCAUGCCCCAAUUCCUGACCUACUUCAACCACCCGAGCAAUUUCCAGCAGGGCGGUAUCACCGCAUCCAUCCUCGCGGGCGCUUUUGCUGGCUCACUUCUCACCGGUGCGUUCCUGGCGGAUCGGCUCGGCCGCCGGAGGACGAUCCUCCUGGGCUCUGCCAUCUUCACAAUCGGUAUUGCGAUCUCGACGGGCGCGAACAGUGUGGCGGCCCUUGUGGCCGGUCGGGUCAUCAAUGGGCUAGGAAACGGCUGUUUGACCAUGACGACCACUAUGUACCAAAGCGAGAUCGCCCCACGGGAGAUCCGAGGUCGUAUCAUCAGCGUCUUCCAGUGUUGCGUCAAUUUCGGUAUCCUCAUCGCCUUCUGGAUCCAAUACGGCACCAGCCACAUCCAGUCCGAAGCAAGCUGGAGAACUGCCAUGGGUCUUCAGAUGAUCGCCGAGAUGGCCGAGAUUGUGGCGAAGAUUACUUUCGAGAAGUCCCACCCGCCGCCUAGCUACUAUGAUCUGCUGCUCGGGACACACAAGCGGCGAAUGUGGCUCGGAAUUGGAGUGCAAUUCUGGCAAUCGAUGACUGGAAUCAAUGUAAUCAUGUACUACGCCGUCUUCCUGUUCCAGCAAGCCGGCCUCAGCCAGACCUCAUCGUCCCUCCUGGCCAACGGUCUUCAAGGUGUUGUGCUUAACCUCUUCACUUACCCUAAUAUGUACUAUAUGGAUACAUGGGGCCGACGGUGGCCCAUGGUCAUCGGCGGAGUUGGCAUGGGUAUCUCCAUGAUGGUUAUUGGCGUCCUCAUGAAGACAACCGGAAAUCCCGUGUAUGACCAGUUAACGCAGAAGACAAACUUCCAUUUCACAAGCCCGGCCGCUUCGCACACAGUCAUCGCCUUUGUGUACAUCUAUGUCGCCGUAUUUGCCAUCACCUGGGCAUGUGUCGCCUGGGUGUACCCGCCCGAGAUCUUUAGUAUGAGCAUGCGUGGCAGGGCAACAUCUAUGACCACCGCCACGAACUGGUUUGUUAACUUCUGGUUCGGUCUUUAUAUCCCUACUGCUAUGAAAGAGAUCAGCUGGAAACUCUACAUGAUUUUCAUGAGCCUCUGCUUCCUCAUGUCCAUUGUCAUCUUCCUCUUUUAUCCCGAGUCCGCCGGCAAAACUCUCGAAGAGAUGGACUUCCUCUUUACCAAGGGCCGCUCGAUUUGGACGUUCCUCGACCGCGAGGCCACCAAGAUCGGCGCCCUUUUCGAGCGCGACCUGGCGCACGGCGAGGCUAUAACUGUGUUUAACGAGGAUGACAUGGCCCUUAAGGCUAAGGUUGGGAAACCUGUGGAUGGGAGCGACAGCGCAAUUGAGACGGGGUUUGUUGAGGUGGUUGCCGGGGCAAAUUAG